AUGGUUACAGUGCGUCGUUGGGGCACGUUCCCCAGAUGUUUGAAAGGUGGCCUCCACUCGCCACACGAUCUCGUUUAUUAUUGCCAGCUGGACUGUUUCUUGAUUGAAUUGGGUGUCAAGGCGAUUAUCGCUUUCUCUUCCAGUCUGCACUUGCUCGAAAACUUCGCACUCGGCAGACAGCAGCUUUGCAAACUUCGGUGGAGGCAUCGGUUCUCCUGGCUUUGCCGAGGGGCGUGGAAGCAGUUGUGUGAAGUUGCUUGCUGCAGUGGCACAAGACAUGGUACUCUUAUUGGGCAGCAGGCCUUCUGCGCUAUGCUGCGCUACGGCCACUGCCACAGGAAUGAGGAAUUGUGGGCUGCUUCAGGGAAUGCGCUGAUCAACGCCAGUUCAGGGAGCAUGGGCACUGGAUUCGCAGGGAGGGGCAGCACUUAA